GGCCCUCUCGUAACAAAAAGAAUUUCUUUCAUCCUUGAAGAAAUGGUCAGUGUGAGACCCAAGAAGCACCAAUUAUACGCGGCCCGUUGAGAUAAGAUUGACUCUUCGCACCCGUACUGUUUCCCAAUCACCUGACACCCUUAUCUUGCUCCGCUACCUUAUAAAAACAAUACGUACGAAUGACCUUCUCCUCGACCCUUUCCUCUGGAACUUGGGCACAGAUCGAGGGUAGUGGAGCUCGUGUGACAUCGAGAGCCUAGAUCGAGCUUAGUGUUAGAGACGCUUAUCAAGCAUGAUUUUUAUCGCUUCUGCUUUCGCUACUGGCAAAGUUGUCGUAGAGCAGUUUCGUGCUCUAGGACCACUGCCUACUAUUCUCCUUGCCGCCGCGGCCAUUGUUGUGACGUACAAUUUCGUCCAGUCGAGAAAGAGUCGUGUGACAUCCUCGAAUGUUGCUCAUACAUCACCCGUCCCCGAGAAAGAUAAGAAGGUGAACAAGAAUAGGGAACUGGGCGAGUGGACCGCGGAAGAAUUUCAAUAUCCCGAAAUUGAUCCGUGCCCCUUCCCACUGAAGGAUGUGCGCCCAGUUCCUUACAGGCCAUUCCGACGGGGUGAAUACCACAUCACAAUGGGUAUUCGCACGAUGCCCUGGACUGAAUGGAUCGAGCUAGACUCAACCUACUCGCACUGGCAAAGCGUGCGUAAAUUCCGCGUUCGCACACGUGGGCAUGAUGCCGUACGCGUUCUUCCCGCUCGAGAAGACGAAUCCGUCAAAGUCCAAGGUGGCGCAUGGGCUGCGAAGGAGCUCGUCUAUGAACUCGCAGAAUACCUUCCGCGGCGAUACCCUUCGAGCUUCCGAAUAACACGACUUCCAAAUGGUGUACCAGCACCGUCCAUUGGUGGUGUGUCGCUCGCUUGGGGACAUCAACAGCCCGUGCGAACCAUCGAGGCGGUGGAGACAGGAGAGAAAUUCGAUUUGGGGGUUCUGGAGGGUCUGGACGGUGUUGAAAUGGGCGAGGAAGCGAUGAGGAUCACUGCAGGGCUUAUACAAGAAGAUGUGGCACUUAUGAUCGAGGGCACAGAUGGCAAGUACUACUUCCAGGCAGGGGCGAUCUGCAUUCCAGGCUUCUGGCGCAUGCGGGACAAGAUCGGAAUGACCCUGGACGAUAUUCAUAUUUCAGGAAAUGUUCCACAGUUCAAAGAAAAAUUGCAGACCAGCAUGGAAAGGUUUUUCAAACGGAUGCCGGUGGACAAGCCGGUAAUUCGAAAUAAUUAUUUUAUACAAACUUGCAAGCCGUCGCACGUGGCACAUGCCGACAGUGAGGCGCGACUGGACGUUGAGGAAGAGUGCGUUUUCGAAGUUGAUCCAGAGGAAUUAGGUUGGUCAGAAUCGACGAACGGACCAGAGGACUCGUUUUUACAUGGACACGGUCAUGCCGCCAAACCUGCAUCGUACCUCGCGCCAUCGACACUACGACUCCGAUCUGAGCGGCAAACGUUGCGUCGGCUUCCUCGUACAGGAGCCAUCGUUUUUGGUAUCCGCACGUACUUGUUCAAGAUCGAGGAACUGGCUCGGGAGCGAGGAGUGGCUGAUCGGCUUGGAAGCGCCAUAAGAAGCUGGCCUGAAGAUGUUGGAGUAUACAAAGGGCGUAAAAUGUAUCGUGAUGUGCUACUGAACUACCUAGAUGAGUGUGCAGCACGGGAUGGGAAAGAGGAGGAAGGCCGAGGAUACCCAUUUUAAGAUUGUGGUGGUCAAGGGGUGGUCAUAAGGCGCCGGCGUGGUUGAGGUGAAGUGGGGUAAAUUGUGCGGAUCAUAUGUAAUAAAGAUAAUUUGAAAGGGACGAUGACGAAUGCCCUGAGUGCCACGUGUGAAAGUCGUAUAGGAUAACGACGAUAAGUAAAAUAACGGUCGAGCUCGCUGUUAUGGAUGAUGACGACGGUGAUACCGCAUGGACGAAGAGAAGGGAAAGGGGGCAAUUAUGACAAAUGACGUGUCGGAUCUGCUAAAAG